ACAGUCUCAGCUACAUGCCAGCAAAAUGAGAAAUGGCCUUGACUUUAUAGUAACCAAGGAAGCUGCACUACAUAGAGUGAACCUGAUAUCUUCUUGGGUACCCAAUACUCAUUGUGGUCCACAAUACUCUCUAGAAGAUGAGCCCUCUAACCUGGACGAGAUGCCUCUGAUGAUGUCGGAGGAAGGCUUUGAGAAUGACGAGAGCGAUUAUCAGACACUGCCCCGGGCGAGAGUCAAUCAGAGACAGAGGGGCCUCGGGUGGUUCCUCCUGGGAGGGUGGAAAGUCCUCUGUGGCAGCUGCUGUGACUGCCUGGUCCAUGUAUGUCGGAGGAAGAAGGAGCUGAAGGCCAGGACGGUUUGGCUCGGCUGCCCGGAGAAAUGUGAAGAGAAGUACCCCAAAAAUGGCAUUAAAAACCAGAAGUACAACAUUUUCACCUUUGUGCCUGGGGUUCUCUACCAGCAGUUCAAGUUCUUUCUCAAUCUCUACUUUCUGGUGGUGGCCUGUUCCCAGUUUGUGCCAUCACUGAAAAUUGGAUAUUUAUACACAUACUGGGCACCUCUGGGUUUUGUGUUAGCUGUUACAAUGGUGCGAGAGGCCGUGGAUGAAGUGCGACGCUACCAGCGGGACAAAGAGAUGAACUCCCAACUCUACAGCAAGCUCACAGUGAGAGGUAAAAUUCAAGUGAAGAGUUCAGACAUACAAGUUGGAGAUCUGAUCAUCGUUGAGAAGAACCAAAGGAUUCCUGCAGACAUGAUAUUCCUGAGAACAUCAGAGAAAAAUGGUUCGUGUUUCAUCAGAACAGAUCAGCUGGACGGCGAAACAGACUGGAAAUUGAAAGUUGCUGUUGGCUGCUCACAACGACUACCAGCAGUGGGGGACCUCUUCUCCAUCAGCGCCUACGUCUACGCCCAGAAGCCUCAGCUGGACAUCCACAGUUUUGAGGGCAACUUCACAAGGGAAGACACGGACCCACAGAUCCAUGAGAGUCUGAGCAUUGAAAACACUCUUUGGGCGAGCACAGUUGUUGCAUCUGGCACGGUGAUAGGGGUGGUGAUCUACACAGGCAAAGAGACCAGAAGUGUACUGAACACGUCCUAUGCCAAGAACAAGGUUGGCCUGCUGGACCUGGAGCUGAAUCGCCUCACCAAGGCCCUGUUCCUGGCCCAGGUGGUUCUGUCUGUUGUCAUGGUAGCGCUGCAGGGGUUUGUGGGUCCCUGGUUCCGCAACCUUUUCCGAUUCAUCGUGCUUUUCUCUUACAUCAUUCCCAUCAGCUUGCGUGUCAAUCUGGACAUGGGGAAGUCGGCCUACGGCUGGAUGAUCAUGAAAGACGAAAACAUCCCCGGCACUGUUGUGAGAACCAGCACCAUCCCUGAAGAACUGGGCCGGCUUGUCUAUCUGCUGACAGACAAGACAGGAACUCUGACACAGAAUGAAAUGAUCUUCAAGCGGCUGCACCUGGGAACAGUGUCCUAUGGCACAGACACCAUGGAUGAGAUACAGAGCCACAUAUUCCAGUCAUAUGCGCAGGUAACUUCCCAGCCUUCCAAUAGUAGCACCAGUGGCUCGACUCCAUCGCGGAAGACCCAGGCGUCCGGCCCAAAGGUUCGUAAGAGCGUCAGCAGUCGCAUCCACGAGGCUGUGAAGGCCAUCGCCUUGUGUCACAAUGUCACGCCCGUCUACGAGUCACAUGCCAGCGUAAAUGGAGAGACGGAGUCUGCCGAGGCUGACCAGGACUUCAGUGAUGAUAACCGCACCUACCAGGCCUCCAGCCCUGAUGAGGUGGCACUGGUGCGGUGGACAGAGAGCAUUGGCCUGACCCUGGUGAACAGAGACCUGACCUCCCUGCAGCUGAAGACUCCUUCAGGACAGAUUCUCUCCUUCUACAUCCUGCAGAUCUUUCCCUUCACCUCCGAGAGCAAAAGGAUGGGCAUCAUCGUCAGGGAGGAGUCAACAGGAGACAUUACUUUCUACAUGAAGGGUGCUGAUGUUGCCAUGGCGAGCAUCGUCCAGUAUAACGACUGGUUGGAAGAAGAGUGCGGGAACAUGGCGAGAGAAGGCCUGAGGACGCUGGUGGUGGCCAAGAAGUCUCUGUCCGAGGAGCAGUAUCAGGACUUUGAGAAUCGCUACAACCAGGCAAAGCUGAGCAUCCAUGACCGAACCCUGAAGGUUGCAGCAGUGGUGGAGAGCCUAGAGAGGGAGAUGGAGCUUCUGUGUCUGACCGGCGUGGAAGACCAGCUCCAAGCAGAUGUCAGGCCCACGCUGGAGCUGCUCAGAAACGCUGGCAUCAAGAUCUGGAUGUUGACGGGGGACAAGCUUGAGACGGCCACAUGCAUCGCCAAAAGCUCCCAUUUGGUCUCCAGAAACCAGGACGUCCACGUCUUCAGACCGGUCUCAAACAGAGGAGAGGCCCAUCUGGAGCUCAACGCCUUCAGAAGGAAACAUGACUGUGCUCUAGUCAUCUCUGGAGACUCCUUAGAGGUGUGUCUGAAGUAUUACGAGCAUGAGUUUGUGGAGCUGGCGUGUCAGUGUCCGGCAGUGGUCUGCUGUCGCUGCUCCCCGACUCAGAAGGCCGAGAUUGUCAGACUGCUCCAGCAGCACACAGCCAACAGAACCUGUGCCAUAGGUGAUGGGGGAAAUGAUGUCAGCAUGAUCCAGGCUGCACACUGUGGUAUUGGAAUUGAAGGAAAGGAAGGGAAGCAGGCGUCUCUGGCCGCAGACUUCUCCAUCACUCAGUUUAAGCACAUUGGUCGUCUGCUUAUGGUUCAUGGCAGGAACAGCUACAAGCGCUCCGCAGCGUUGGGUCAGUUUGUCAUGCACAGAGGCAUGAUCAUCUCCACCAUGCAGGCGGUCUUCUCCUCCAUAUUCUUCUUUGCCUCCGUGCCCUUGUACCAGGGUUUCCUCAUGGUGGGGUAUGCCACUAUCUACACCAUGUUUCCAGUGUUCUCCUUGGUUCUGGACCAAGAUGUGAAGCCAGAGAUGGCUCUGCUCUACCCAGAGCUUUACAAAGACCUCACCAAGGGGCGUUCAUUGUCCUUCAAGACUUUCCUCAUUUGGGUUUUGAUCAGUGUCUAUCAAGGUGGCAUCCUCAUGUACGGCGCAAUGGUGCUGUUUGAGUCAGAGUUCGUGCACGUGGUCGCCAUCUCCUUCACGGCGCUCAUCCUGACGGAGCUGCUGAUGGUGGCGCUGACGAUUCGCACCUGGCACUGGCUCAUGGUGGUGGCCGAGUUCUUCAGUCUUGGCUGCUACCUCGCCUCACUCGCCUUCCUCAAUGAGUACUUUGACUUGUCGUUCAUCACGACUUGGCCUUUCCUGUGGAAGGUGUCCGCCAUCACGCUGGUUAGCUGUCUUCCACUCUACAUUAUCAAAUACCUGAAGCGCAAGUUUUCCCCGCCAAGCUACUCCAAACUAUCCUCAUGAGCCAAACUUGGAUUACCUGAAGUUUGUUUUGUAGUUUUGUGCUUCUCUGAGCUUUCUAUUUUCAGAGCUUUUUUUUUUUUUUUUUACUCACUGUUCAUCAGUGACGGACACGUGACCUGUGGAGGUCAAAGAACCACUGGAACAAUCAAGAAUGGAGAGAAAUUAAAUAAGUGCUGUUUGGAUUUAUUUCACUGAGACUUGGGAUUACUUGAAAGUACGGAGCACAUAGUAAAAGACUACAGAGGGAUGGAUUUUGCCACAGAAAAGAGUGAGAUCGCGUAAGUGACUGCACUUAGAAGGCCUGAAACACUUGACCCCAUUUUGUCAGAGGGUCAGUCUGCCUUCUUUUGUUUUAAAGUAUUUCAAACCAAUCAGCUUCAAGUGUCAUUUUAUACAGUUCUGAUGCAUUACUGUCAAUGUUUAAAUUUUUAUAUGUGGAGUUCAGAUUUUUUUAAGUGUUAUUUUUUAUCAUAGGUAUUAAUUGCAGUUGCCGGCCUGCGUCCUUGAAAGGUGUUGAGUUGCUGUAAGGGAUGAAAAGAUCAUUUACUCUAAUUUUUUUUUUUCCAAUGUUACUGUAAAUAAAGCCUUUACUUGCAGCUUUGAUUACAACUGCGCUCAAUGUAAACCUCACUGCAUCUAACUCUUGUACAAAAUGUGCACUAACCAAAAAUAAGAUCAGUUGCAAUGACAUUCAGAGAGAAAAUGCUGAGUAUUUGUCCUGCACACACACCUCCUGGGACUGGCUUCAAACUGAAUUUUCUUUGCAUUUGCUGCUCUGUAUUUUACAUUUUUAGGGAAGUGAACGACAUCAUUAGGCUAUCAAUCUCUGUAGUAUGAAACCAGCACUCCGAAGCAACAUUCAAUGUUGUGUUGUCUGCAUAUUUGGCCUUGAUUAGGUCUGUCGGUGGCCACCAGUCCUCCUGCCAGGAUAUGGCAACUCGCUUUGUGCCUCAUUAUGAUGUGUGUUGACGUACUGAAGCCGCGUCCCGCGGCAUCAGAUGUUAAGCAGUCAGUCCGAGAUUCUGGUUUUCCGCUUGGUUUGUUACCUGUUUAGCCAGAUCCGGACUUCAGGAGCUUGAGUCCUGCUGCUCUUCUGGGACAACGUUUUUCAGAUGGUAAAACUACUUUAAAAGUCACAACGAAAGACCCUGAAUCAGACUGAUGGCUGUAUCUUUCUAGGCCUCUACUGACAAUAUGACUUUGGCCUGUGGCGGAUGUUGACAUUCAGCUCUUUUUAAGGGGGAAUGAGUUUUAUCAUUCACUCCAUGUACUCUUAAGUGUGAAGCAUGUGUUAAGCACAGUGGGGGGG